GUGCAGAACGCAUGUCUGGCGUCUGCACGCACGCCAAUUUGAAUUCGGUUUUCGACGAGCGUGUUCUGUGUGUUGUCUACGUUUAUUUAAUAUUUUUGAUUUAAGUCAAUAUGAGUGGAGAACCUCAACCUAAGCGUACAAAAAUGAGCGAACUUGACCACUUAAAAGAAUAUUGCACUGUGGUAGCUGAUACAGGUGAUUUUGAAGCUAUGAAAGCUUAUAAGCCUACAGAUGCCACUACCAAUCCCAGUUUGAUACUAUCAGCUGCUGCAAUGGAGCAAUACCAACAUUUGGUUGACAAGGCUAUCAAGUAUGGAAAGGACACUGGCAGUACCAUAGAAGAGCAAGUAGCAGAGACCCUUGAUAUGUUGAGUGUAUUAUUUGGUUGUGAAAUUCUGAAAAUCAUACCGGGACGAGUAUCUGUUGAGGUUGAUGCAAGACUGUCAUUUGAUAAGGAUGCUAGUAUUGCAAAAGCCAUUAAGCUGAUCAGCAUGUUUGCUGAAUUUGGUAUCAAGAAAGACAGAAUUUUGAUCAAAUUGGCUUCUACCUGGGAAGGCAUACAAGCAGCUAAGGAGCUGGAAAAAAAGCAAGGUAUACAUUGUAAUUUGACAUUACUUUUUUCAUUGUAUCAAGCAAUUGCUUGUGCAGAAGCUAAUGUUACGCUUAUUUCUCCAUUCGUUGGACGUAUAUUGGAUUGGUAUGUAGAGCAUACAAAGAAAACAUACGAGGGCAAAGAUGACCCAGGUGUUCUGUCUGUAACACGUGUUUAUAAUUACUAUAAGAAGUUUGGUUAUAAAACACAAGUUAUGGGUGCGUCUUUCCGUAAUACUGGUGAGAUACGCGAGCUGGCGGGAUGCGAUCUUCUUACAAUCAGCCCUAAGCUCUUGCAGGAGUUGGCUAAUAGUAACGCAACACUCAAGAGGGUACUCGACCCGAAAAAUGCUGCAGAAAGUGAUAUCGAGAAAAUUUCCCUAAGUGAGGCUCAGUUUCGUUGGCACCUUAAUGAAGACCAAAUGUCGACAGACAAGCUUUCGGAGGGUAUAAGGAAGUUCGCCGCUGACACAAGGAAACUUGAAUCUCUAAUCAAGACUCUACUUGCUAAAUAAUAAUAAAUAUUAAGAGAGAAAUAUGUUGAAGUAAAUAAUAAAACUGAAUAUUACUAAUUAAGUUCAAAUGUUAUAUAAGUAUAUUACAUAUACAUCCAUAUAUAGGUACUAACAUUUUAUAUAAUCUAUGUCUAUAAUCCUUUAAAUUUAGUUUGUAAAGAAAUAUUUUGGGGACCAUAAAAAACAUUCCAAACUAAGUAUUACAGAUACUCCUGUGCCUUCAAGAAUUUUUGUGUCUUAUAUAUUCUAAUACGAUAGCUUGAAAAAUACCUAGCGUAUUUUUGUCUGAGAAGUUGAACUCUUUUUUUUAUUAAAACUGUUUUGUUUUUCGGCUGCGGCAAAUUUUAUAUAUUUUUUUUUUAUAUUGUUGGGAAAUGUUGAAGUUUUUAUUAAAAACGAAGACAGAUUA